AUGAGCAGGACCGAGGCGGAUCUUGCGGUUAAUAUUCGCAAAGCUACGAGUAUUGGAAAACAUGUCCGAAGCUGUAUUGUGUAUACAUGGGACCACAAAUCUUCAACUGCCUUUUGGGCGGGUAUGAAAGUACAACCCAUUCUUGCGGACGAAGUGCAGACUUUCAAAGCCCUUAUUACGAUACACAAAGUCCUUCAGGAAGGUCAUCCGAUUGCGAUCCGUGAAGCGCAGAGUCAUGUCAAUUGGCUUGAUAGUUUGAUGAGAGGCGUGAGCGGGGAGGGUUUGCGAGGAUACGGUCCUUUGAUUCAUGACUAUGUUAUGUUCCUGGAGUCGAAGCUCCAUUUUCAUCGCAAUCAUCCCGAGUUCAAUGGCCUCUUUGAAUACGAGGAGUACAUUAGUUUGAAGACUAUCAACGAUCCGAACGAAGGCUACGAGGCCAUUAUGGACCUUAUGAACCUACAAGACCAGAUCGACUCCUUUCAGAAACUGAUCUUCUCGCAUUUCCAACAUGGAACGAACAAUGAGUGUAGGAUAUCCGCUCUGGUGCCUCUGGUCCAGGAGAGCUAUGGAAUCUACAAGUUUAUUACCAGUAUGCUGCGCGCAAUGCACACGACAACCGGUGAUGACGAGGCGCUUGAGCCGCUCCGCAGCCGCUAUGAUGCUCAACACUACCGACUUGUCCGAUUCUACUACGAGUGUUCCAAUCUGCGAUAUCUUACAAGCUUAAUCACCGUUCCCAAGCUCCCGCAAGAUCCUCCUAGUCUGCUGGCUGAAGACGAUGACACACGACCGGCUCUCCCGAAGCGGCCAACAAAGGAAGUUGAGCGCGAACCUUCACCGCCUCCCAAACCAACAGCUCCAGAACCAGAGCCCAUUAACGACUUUUGGAACAACGAAGCGAGACGCCAGCAGGAAGAGUUUGAAGCAGAGCAGCGACGAUUACAGCAGCAAUGGGAAGAACAACAGCGUCAACAAAUGCUGGCUCAACAGCAGGCGCAGCGCGACUUCGAGGAACAGCAGAGACUUCAAGCGGAACAACAACGGCUCGCCCAGGAGGCGCUGCUCCGUGAUCAAUAUGCGCAGCAGACACAAGGUCGGAUGGCGGAGCUGGAGCAAGAGAAUCUCAAUGCUCGUGCACAAUACGAGCGUGAUCAGCUUCUGCUUCAGCAGUAUGAUAAGCGGAUGAAGGACCUCGAGGAGCAGCUGAACAACUUCAAUAGCAACUUCAACCUCCAAAUGAACUCCAAGGACGAGCAGAUCAAAGCACUCCAGGAGCAGGUCAACACCUGGCGCUCCAAGUACGAGGCUCUGGCCAAGUUGUACUCACAACUUCGACAAGAACAUCUUGAUCUGCUGCAGACCACCAAAGCCCUCAAACUCAAGGCUGCAUCUGCUCAGGAAGCAAUCGACAAGCGCGAGAAACUCGAGCGUGAAAUGAAGACGAAGAACCUGGAGCUUGCGGAUAUGAUCAGGGAGCGUGACCGUGCCUUACAUGAGCGUGACCGUUUGACUGGUACGAAUAAGGAGGAGUUGGAGAAGUUGAAGCGUGAGCUGCGGCUUGCUCUUGAGCGUGCAGAGAAUGCAGAGAGACAAAAGGGAACGGAGAUUUCCUCUAUGUUGUCCAAGUAUAACCGGGAGAUGGCGGAUCUCGAGGAGGCAUUACGCCAAAAAACUCGUGCUCUGGAAGAAUAUACCUCCAAGCGCGGUGAGCUUAAUGAAGAUCACGAACUUGCUCUGCGAGAGAAGGAUGAGGAGAUUGAAGUGUACAAGUCUGGCAUGGAGCAGGCUUUGAUGGAACUUGAGGAGCUUAAAUUGAACCAAGGAGAUGUGGAUCACGCUCUCGACUCCCAAAUCGACGAAGUCCUUCAUGGAACGGUUGCCAAGAUUAACGAUAUUAUCGACUCUGUGCUGCAAAGCGGUGUCCAACGUGUGGACGAGGCCUUGUACGAACUGGAAUCUUCAAUGCAGGCCGGUAACCAGAACGCUUCUCCUGCAUACGUGCUUUCCCAAGUCGAAAAGGCUUCUGCCUCUGCUACAGAGUUCUCCACUGCUUUCAACAACUUCAUCGCCGACGGACCGAACAGUUCGCACGCGGAGAUUAUUCGUACAGUGUCUGUAUUUGCCGGCUCGAUUGCUGAUGUCUUGAGCAACACCAAGGGUCUUACGCGUUUCGCAACCGAUGACAAGAACUCUGAUCAACUGAUCAACGCUGCCCGCAAGCCUGCCCAAGCCACCAUCCGAUUCCUCCGGGGUCUACAGUCAUUCCGUCUCGAGGGUCUUGAGCCACUACAAAAGACCGACGUUGUAAUCAACAACAACCUCGAAGUCCAGCGCGAUCUCCAAACCCUCUCCAAAUUCGUCGACACAUUCGCACCAAAGGGCACCAAGCUCAGCAUUUCAGGCGACUUGGGAGAUCUCGUUGACCAAGAACUCGAAAAGGCCGCCAACGCCAUCGAUGCCGCCGUCGCACGCCUCGCCAAACUCCGCAAGAAGCCUCGCGACGGCUACACCACCUACGAACUACGCGUCAACGACACCAUCCUCGAAGCCGCAUUAGCCAUCACCAACGCGAUCGCCGAACUGAUCAAAGCCGCCACCGAAUCCCAACAAGAAAUCGUCCGCGAAGGCCGAGGCUCUUCAUCGCGCACAGCAUUCUACAAAAAGAAUAACCGCUGGACCGAAGGCUUGAUAUCCGCCGCCAAGGCAGUAGCCACGUCCACAAACCGCCUGAUCGAGACUGCAGACGGCGUUAUUUCAGGCCGUAACUCCCCCGAACAACUCAUCGUGGCUUCUAACGAUGUCGCUGCCAGCACGGCCCAAUUGGUCGCUGCAUCACGCGUGAAAGCGACUUUCAUGAGCAAGACACAGGAACGUCUCGAGACAGCCAGUAAAGCCGUGGGCGCAGCUUGUAGGAGUCUUGUACGCCAAGUACAGGCUAUCAUUGCAGAGAAGAAUAAGGAUGAAGGUGAAUCGGUUGAUUAUUCGAAAUUGAGUGGUCAUGAAUUCAAAGUUCGCGAGAUGGAGCAACAGGUCGAAAUCCUUCAACUCGAAAACGCACUUUCACGCGCAAGAACGAGAUUGGGAGAAAUGCGUAAGAUAUCUUAUCAGGAAGAGUAAUCUUCUCUUCCUCAUACGGAAUCAUUCCUUCUACUCGGACAUUCUUUUUUUUUUUCCCUUUUCUUUCUUUUUUUUUUUCUGUAAAGGAAUAAUCUACUGCUUAUUAUCAAAAUCUUUUUAUUAUAUUAUACGUUUCUUGAGUUGAAUAUGAAACUACCCAUUCACUACCCCUAUCACUGCGUGAGAAAGUUUACAGUAAACAUACCUUUUGUACUUUUUCUUAUAUUUGUCUUCUCGAUUCUCUUUUGUCGGAUUUUGCUAAAAUGUUGUCAUGGCGUAUGUAGUUCAAUCUAUUUGUCUUCAUUCUUCGG